AGAGCCUCUGCCUCUCUUUGAUGCUCCGUACACUCUCGUCUCGGUUUAUUAUACGCCCAGCACCCCUCUACCGUAAGCAAGCCCGCGCGCUCCGAUACAACCGCAGAAUGGCCGAACCAAUCCCAUUGAGCGAGAUUCCCACCCUCAGCUUGCUCUACAAGCUCAACCGCAUCGCACCCAUCGACGACGACACCUCGCCCGCAUACGCACCCAAUGCCACCUACAACGACAAGAUCUCCGUGAUCCGGCAAGACAUCACCGUGCUCGCCGUCGACUCCAUCGUCAACGCCGCCAACAACUCGCUGCUGGGCGGUGGCGGCGUCGACGGGGCCAUCCACCGCGCAGCCGGUCCGGAGCUCCUCGACGAAUGCGAGACGCUCGACGGCUGCGACACCGGAUCCGCGAAGAUAACAGACGGCUACCGCCUCCCCGCGAAGAAAGUCAUACACGCCGUAGGCCCAAUAUACUGGUCAACUAAGUCAGAGGGCACGCAUGCCGAGCUGCUGUCAGGCUGCUAUCGCAGGAGUUUAGAGCUCGCGAUCGAGAAUGGGCUGAAGAGCAUUGCGUUUAGUGCGCUGAGCACGGGUAUCUACGGGUAUCCGAGCGAGGAGGCGAGCGAGGUCGCGCUAGAGACCGUGAGGAAGUUCCUCGAGGAGGGGAACGCGGAUGAGAUGGAGAGGAUUGUUUUCUGCAACUUUAUGCAGAAGGAUGAGGAUGCGUACUUUAAGAACAUCCCGAAAUACUUCCCACCUACAGCUACCGAAGAGAAAGCCGAAGAGAACGCGGAGGAGGACGCGGCAGAGAAGUCGACCGACGAGACCGAACUCGCUGCCAAGCUGCCCGAUGCCCCCACCGCCGAGCCGAAAGAUCCCGAGGAGCCAUCACAGAAGAAGCAGAGGACCGAGAUGGCAGAGGAUGACUUCGUAGUCGUGGACAAGGAGGAUGCAAAGGAGGCUAAGGAUGAUGCACCGAAAGCGGACCUGUGAAGCCAGCAUCUCUUACGAAGGGCAUGAUAUGGUUUGUUUGCCGGGUCUGAUGGCCCUAAAUACGCGGCGUUAUAGGGGAUUGCAUGCAUAGAGUAUACCCUGGAGAUGAGUUGAAAGGGGACAUUAUGAUUGAAUGCCUGAUAGAGAGUGUGGACGUAUCUUGUCUGUACUGCUUUGUUUUCAUGCCGCAGUUUACGCCACUCGAAGACGGAAUCCGCCAUUAGAUGCGGCCGUGGCUAAUGCAAAUAUUGCAUGCUUCCUAAGUCCGACCGCAUCUUUUUCUGUAUGCGGCAGAGAGCAGUAAACCUCAGCCUUGCCUCCUGCAGAUUCCCGCCGGACCGGCUCGACCGGGCUGUGCAUUCAUACUUGCCUUCGAGCGUGUCUGUAUGGCUGCAGGCGAUAUUUUCAUUUUUAGAAGAC